UCACAAACGAAAAUUUUCUUGGUUGGAGUUUGUGGUCCAGUUGGUCUUCUUGCUCGUAUCCUUGCGGGAAUGGCCAAACAAUAAGGACCCGUUUUUGCCACAAUUCUGAGUAUGUCAACUGUUCAGGCGGGAAGGAGUCUGCUUCACAGACGAAAUCUUGCAACACUGACCCUUGUGCAAUUAAUGGUAAUUGGACUGCCUGGACACCAUGGUCAAUAUGUGAUCAAUCCUGUGGUGGAGGUAUUCAUUAUCGUCGGAGAACUUGCUCUAAUCCACCUCCCAAGAAUGGUGGGUUGCCUUGUGGUAAAACGAAGGAGGAGAUGGAAACUGCAGUGUGCAAUGUACGACCUUGUGACGAAGCAUGUGAAGAAGGGACUGUAUUUGAUGACUGUAGUAAGCCAUUACCAUGCCAACGAACCUGUCUUGAAAUGAGUAAUGAAGUUGUCUGCCAGAAUCCGACCAAUCAGUGUAAAUUUGGCCGAAUGGAAUGCCAGGACGCACUUUGUGAUGGUGGGUGGAGUGGUUGGACUGUGUGGAGUCCAUGUGACAGGACCUGUGGUUGGGGCACCAGACUGCGCUUCAGAUCUUGCACCAACCCCUUCCCCCGGAAUGGAGGAAAGAACUGUUCCGAUGAAGGGCGAAUGGAAGUGGGGAAAUGUAACGAGUUUGCAUGCGUAGUUGACGGUAAACCAGGACCAUGGGGGAUGUGGAGUACAUGUACGUCGACAUGUGGAGGAGGAACGCAGCAUAGAAAAAGGUACUGUAAUAAUCCGGUACCCCAGAACGGAGGAGAUGAAUGCACCAGAGAAUUGAUGGAAGAAACAAGACCUUGCGCCUUGGAGGAAUGCCCAGGCGGUUGUGGACCAGGCAUGGAGUUUGUUCCUUGCAGCAGUACGUGCCUACCAAUUCACUGUCAACAAUUAGCUUCACAAGCUGACUGUAUUGACGAGGAUUGUCACUCUCUCUGUCGAUGCCAAGAUGGCCACCUCCUGCAAAAUGGAACUUGUGUGGAACCUCAUCAGUGUCGGUGUAUGAUAGAUCUAGGGGGCGAUCAGUUACAAGAACUGUCACCGAUGCAAUCGAUCAUGAUUGGCUGCAAGAAUUGUACUUGCAAGAGUGGUGUCUUAGACUGUAUCGAGGAAAACUGUCUUGUGAACGGUAAUUAUAGCAAUUGGUCACCAUGGGAACCAUGUGAUAGGACCUGUGGAUCAGGUUAUCGUCGGCGAUAUCGUUCUUGUACCAAUCCUGUUCCUCGUCAUGGAGGAAAGGGUUGUAUCGGUGCUGAUAUGCAGAAGAUGCCUUGUCAAGGUCUCAAGCCAUGCCCAACUAUCCCUGGAUGGAGCACCUGGUUUUCAUGGACAAAUUGUGAUGUAUCAUGUGGGGGUGGUACACAAGUAAGAAAAAGAUUAUGCAAUAGUCCCUCACCAGAUCCAAGCAGUAUGUUGGUUUGUGAAGGAGCCCAGAACCAGACCAGAUCUUGCAACACGGAAAUCUGUCCCCGAGCUUCAUGUUAUCAGCUGGUUUCCCUACCUUCAAAUGCUCCAACAAGCCUAGCUUUCUCUGAUGUUCCAUCAUCGGGAUGGAAUCCUUCCACAUCUGGCCCCGUCGUGUCAUUUUCCUUCCCAGACCAAAAGCAAAUUACAGCACUAGAAGUUAGAGGCGGUGGAAAAGGAUCAGGAGCAUUUGUGAGAGAGAUGGAAAUAUCGUAUCGUGUCAGCAAGUAUGACUCGAUGGAACAAAUCAAAGACCAGAAAAACAAUACAGUGAUUUUUGCGGCUAAUAGCAAUGAUGUAGACACUGAAGUCAUCAACCUUCCUCAGCAUGGGAUAGUUGCUUCAUCAUUAUCAUUAAUGGUGCUUAAUGCUACAAGGAAUGCAAGACUUCAACUGAGGCUAAGAGGAUGUCAGCCAGUUUGUGCCGGUGAUAAGAUUGAGCAGGAAUGUGGAGGGCAGUGUCCAAGGACUUGUGCAGAGUUGAGAGGUGAUGCUAUCUGUGUAACAGAAGAUUGCAAGAAAGGCUGCUUCUGUCAAGAAGGAUAUGUGGAAUUGGAUGGGAAAUGUGUACCCCCCAGGGAAUGUCCAUGCUUCUUGUCCAAGAGUGUCAUACUUAACCUACAACUGAUCACUGGUGAACCACCGCUAGAAAAUCCCAACAAUUCUGAAUGUCUGUUGGUUGCUGUAGAUCAGAGGGGUAAUCGUAUGGGACAUGGAGAUAUGGUACUCCCUGGGAGUUUGGUAUCUACAUCUUGCAAUAAUUGCACCUGUGUUAAGGGCAUUAUGGAAUGCACAACGGAGCGUUGCCGAGAAACGGUAACAAAAGCUCCAUCCUGUCAAGCGUCUGGAACCUGUGCUAUUAACUGCACAUGGAAUGACUGGGCGGAAUGGUCAACAUGUAGUAGAUCAUGUGGGCUGGGGCUUGUGCGACGGACACGAUCAUACAACCCUGCCAUGUUCGGUGGCAAAGAGUGUAAUAACAAGAAUAAUACUAUAGAAACCAGACCAUGCAGUUUGCUGGCAUGUCCAGUAAAUGGUGGUUAUUCCCAGUGGAGCCAAUGGUCAAACUGCACCAUGUCAUGUGACGGAGGAGAGACACAACGAAUCAGGAAAUGUAAUAAUCCAACACCAAAGAAUGGUGGAGAACCAUGCUGGGGACCAGCUAAAGAAACCAAGACUUGUAACAGUGGACCAUGCGGGCCAAAAUGUAGUGGUGGGAAGAUCUUUGACAGCAAAUGUGGGAACCGUUGCCCAUCACAAUGUGCACAAUUACAGCGAGGAACAUCAUGUAAUGAGGAUGAUGGGUGCCAGGCAGGAUGUCGCUGUAGAGAUGGCUGGUUGGAAGACAGCAAUGGAAAGUGUAUCCCACAAGAAAUGUGUGAAUGUCUGGAUGCCAAUGGACAAUUAUGGCCUCCUAAUUCAAAGUACAACAUUGAAUGUAAUAUGUGCAUAUGUCAGAGUGGCAAGAUCACUUGUUCUGAGAACGACUGUCCCGUAGAUUGUGGAUUUAGUCCAUGGUCAACUUGGUCCUCUUGCCCAAAAAGCUGUGGAAAUGCCAUCAAGAUUCGGUUCAGGUCACCCAAUAACCCUCCAUUAGCUAAUGGUGGCCGACCAUGCCAAGGUGCUACAAGCGAGAGCAGAUCAUGUGACCUUCCAGACUGUCCUGUCUUCUGUUCAACUGAUGAUGGGCAUGUCUUUUCAGAAGGGGAGCAAGUAUCCGAUGACCAUUGCAAUACUUGUAUCUGUCACAAUGGGUUCAUCACGUGUACCAACAACACAUGCAAUGCUGCUGUUAAGUCAGAGUGGUCGGUCUGGUCGCCUUGUGAUGCAACGUGUGGGUACAAUGGAAAGAAAGUACGAUCAUUAGCAUGUGAAAUAGAUAAAGAAGACCCAAGCUGUGUAAAUGGCGUCAAGAUGGAAUCUAAGAAAUGUAAUCUACCACCAUGUGCAGAGGAUGGUAAUUGGUGUGAGUGGAGCUCGUGGUCAAUCUGCUCUGCGUCUUGUGGUGUCGGUCAGAUCUUCAGGUCACGUCAGUGUAUGUGUGAUGAGGCAUUAAAUGGAGGAAAGGAAUGCGAAGGGAAGCCGGUGGAGACAAAAGCGUGCUUCUUGGAGGCGUGUCCAGUCGACUGUGCAUGGAAUGAAUGGUCGCCAUGGUCAGAAUGCACGAUGGACUGUGGUACAGAGGAACAGAUCUCAACUCGUACAAGGACAAAAGCAACAAAUGGUGGUAGGGACUGUGACGGUCCUGUGAUUAGAACAAAGCUCUGUAACCUUCCUCCGUGUCAACGGUGUAUGUCUCCAUUUGUAAAUCGAGCUUGUGCCACGACAUGUCCGCGAAGCUGCAAAGAUUUAAGUAAGAAUACAGAAUGUAUGAUGCCCAGAAGAUGUGAGGAGGGCUGUAUGUGUCCAGGGGAUUAUUUGCUGCAAGAUGCUGAUGAUUGUGUUAAACCAUCUGAUUGUCGUUGUACUGUCACUGUGUCGGACCUACCGGUUCUGCCUGCUGCUUCCUUAGAUCAGCUUUUGAGAUCAACAACUUCACCGGUCAUCUUUGAGAUGAAUCCCGGAGAUGUAAUCGAUGUGGAGUGUAAUACAUGUGAGUGUACUAUUGGACGACUGGAAUGCAGCAACAAGACAUGCAAAGUGCCUGGUGGUUGGAGUACCUGGUCAGAUUGGGUUGGAUGUACACAAACCUGCAGCGAUGAACUGGUCUACAUGAUUAGAUUCCGUUCAUGCAACAGCCCUGAGCCUAGCCCAGCCCUACCUGACGGGGGAACUGGAUGUGAAGGAAACAAAGUGGAAAAAAAGAUGUGUGAACAUAUAACACCAUGCCCAGUUGAUUGCCAGUACAGUCCUUGGCUGGAAUGGACUGGCUGCAAUUCACCAUGUGGGGGCGGUAGUCAAACUCGUAGACGUGACAUUUUAAUUGAAGCUAAACACGGCGGUCGCCCAUGUCAAGAAGAAUUAUUACAGUCGCAACCUUGCAAUCCCGAACCAUGUCCAGGUGAAUUUUGCCUGGAGCGUGGCAUGAUAUUUGAUGAAUGCGCAACCCGCUGCCCUAUGACCUGUCAGGGUCUGAGUAUCCCUUGUAUGCAGCCAGUCUGCCAGCCUGGAUGUCGGUGUAAGGAAGGAAAAUACUUACAAGAUGGGGAAUGUGUACCUCAGGAAGAAUGUCAUUGUGUGUUUGACUUGUUUCAAACGAACAGACAAAUUAAGCAAUCUGCUUGGAUGUUGACCGAUGAUGAGGAAAAUGUCAUACCGCAAAAGCCACCAUUGCUUUACCAAGAAUCUUGCAAUGAGCCGCUUCCUCUCCCGUCAAAUGCCCCUUUAUCACUAUCCCUUGAUAGUGAACCAGAUAGCAGCAACAUGUACGGUUGGCAUGGAGGUCAUUUAACACUGCUGUUUGACACACCCCAGCAUAUUACCGGUUUAAAAGUUCAAGGAGGGGGAGCUCAUAGUGGAGACUACUUGGAACGAUUGAUUGUACUGUACAGGACAAACACUUCAACCAUAAUUAGACCAAUUUUGUCUGAUGAUGAUCUAACUCCCAUGGUUUUCCAUAGCAACAGUGAUCCGAUCACUAUUGCUCAGAUCCAUCUCCCUAACGGUGGCAUCGUUGCAACCUCGAUUACCAUUCUUCCAAUCAUCGCUGCAGACGAUACAUUCAGACUGCGACUACAGCUACUUAGUUGUCCUGAAGCUCACGAGCACAUGCGUCUCAGUCAAGCUUCACUCACCAACCAGAGCAACGGUAUGCUAUCAACAUCGAUUUCAAGGGCGUCACUAACACCUACUUCAUCUGCAGUAAUCCCCAUGAGAUUCCGACCGAUACUUGUUCCUCCGUAUGGGACAUUAGGCAACAAGGGAUACCCACCAGGCAGUGUGCUUGACUUCCCUUGCAGUCAAUGCAACUGUUCUGGUGGUUUGUUCAUGUGUACUGAUCUACCGUGUCCACACUUUGAUAGUUGGACAGCUUGGACAGAAUGUACAGCAUCAUGUAAUGGUGGUUAUCAACAUCGUAGCAGGGAAUGUUUAGAUAGAACAGCCGAGAAAGACUGUAAAGGAUCGAGAUUUCAGACAACAAGAUGUAACAUGGAGCCGUGCUCUGUUGAUUGUCUGUGGGGUGCUUGGGGUACAUGGACAUCUUGCAGUGCUAUCUGCAAUGGGGGUACCCGUCUCCGUUCACGUCUUAUCCUCAUCCCUUCUCUCUUUGGUGGGCGUAACUGCGAUGGACCCAAGACACAACUGGUUCCCUGCAGCACUCAGCCUUGCCUUACUUGCCCCAAGGGUACUACAUGGUCAGCGUGCGGGAACCGCUGUCCACGGGACUGUCAUGAUAUCCAAGAUGGCAGCCAGUGCAUAAAUACGGAGCAAGGUUGCCAAGAAGGAUGUGUCUGCCCAGAUGGGAUGCUGUUACAGGACGGUCAAUGCGCACCAAUCAGUGAAUGCCGUUGCGUCAUCGACCAGAGCAUUUUUGGUGUAGUAACACCAACUGAACCGAAUAAGACGCAUUCCCAUUAUCACAGCCUCGCUCCCAAAAUAGAAUACCAAAGGGGUGAUGUCGUUUACAACAAGUGUAACAAGUGCACCUGUCAAGGAGGCCAUUUCCAAUGCACCAAUCACAACUGUAGGAAGGAUUGUGGAUGGAGUGAGUGGUCUGAGUGGUCAAAAUGCUCAGUAACAUGUGGAUCAGGCAUCAGGGAGUCCCAUAGGACUCCAGAUAACCCUGUUAGGGCAUACGGAGGAGUUGAGUGUGAGGGACCCAGUGAGAAGAAGGAAAGUUGCUAUUCUGGGGACUGUGAAUGUGGAAAGAACGAGAUCUUCAGCCAGUCAGCCACUCUCUGUCGUCCUACAUGUCAAGACAUACACAGAUACCAAGACAGAGUAAUCAUUCAAGACCUGGAUACCAGUAAAGGUCAAUCAGAUUGUGGCCAGCCACAUGAGGCUUGCAUUUGUCAAACAGGAUACUACUUGAAUUCUACAGGCGGGUGUGUGUUGCCCCACCAGUGUGAAUGUUUGGAUGAGGAGAGGUUGCCACGGAAACCAAAUGAAGAAUGGAGACCAGAUAACUGCUCUGUUUGUUCGUGUAGGAAUGGCAUUGUGACAUGUGGUACUACUUGUAAUGUGGUCCCAUGUAGUGAGGAGAAUUCUGAGUUGGUGUAUGAGCCAGACGGAUGUUGCCCUGUCUGCAGAAAAAGAUUCCAAAAUGUGGAAACGUGCCACCUGGAGUUAGUUACUCGCAACAUCACAAACUCUGCUGGUUGCCAUGCCAACGAUGUACAGCUAAGCAUCUGUAUAGGAACCUGCUCUCCAGCCAAGGAGAUCACCCUUAGUGAACACCCCGAGUUCUCUGUCUGUCGAUGCUGUCAGGGAGUCUUGGAGAGGAUGAGUGGUAUGCAGAAGGCAGAGGAAGUUGACUUUGAAAUGGUUGCUAUGGUGUGUGAGGAUGGGAGUAUCAUAGAGACGCCGGUUGCUAAGUACACUGGAUGUACCUGUGAGAAGCCGUGUGGCGUACCUCUUGUAUACCAAGUAUUACCAUAAAUGCCGAAAACUGGAAAACAUUGAGAAGGUCGACAAAAUGGACCAUCAGCAGGAGUAAUCUUUGACACUUUAAUCUUUAACUAUCAUAGAUCACACAGAUUCAUUAUAUUUAAAAGAUCACUAUUUAAACGUACAGAAUUUAGAAUUGUGAAGCACUGGAUAUUUUGUUAAUUACAUUUAAGUGAUUUCUUGCAGUGAGUGGAUAAUCUUAGAAAUUAUUUAAUGGGAGAUAUUCGAGGCAAAUGAAAUGAAAUGUUUCCAAAUAAGUGCACGAAAAAAGUCUGAGAUAAUUAUCAAAUUUAGCAACUUCCUUUCCUUUUCAGCUACAUUCAAAUGAGGUUGGUUUAAACUUGACCAAAUAUUUCCCCACGCACAUUAUUUUUCGGGUUGCUCUUUUUUCGUCAUAUACAUCCCCACAAGAACUUGAUCUAUGCUACUUCCAGCCUGAACGGAAUCUCUCUUGAAAUCCUUAUCACUACAAUGAUCAAAUUGAUCAUCAUUUUAAUGCUUUAGUGACUCUGUUUUAAGCAAACUAAGGACAUGGACUAGAAUGCGUUGGUUCAGUGUUUUUUUUUUUCUGUUUGCUUUUGUUAUCUUUUAUUCGUUUGUUUAUCGGGAUUUACCAGUAGCAACUCACACACAGCAUUCAUUGCAAGGUAUCACUUGUUUUUUCGAUUCAUUUCAAAUAAAGAUUUCAUUUUCAUUGA